AUGAUGUCUGAUCAGUUCAGAAAAGUAGAACAGUAUUCUCCAAAAUCCUCACCAAGAGGAGCGAGAUCUCCAGUGGUCUCUCGUCAGGACUCGUCUGGAACUCUCAAGACCACUAUCUCGCUCGGCAAAAAUCCUUCCAUAGUGCACAGUGGACCAUUCUAUUUGAUGAAAGAACCUCCAGCAGAAUGUGAGUUAACAGGAGCCACAAAUCUGAUGGCAUACUAUGGUUUGGAGCAUUCUUAUAGUAAAUUCAAUGGUAAAAAGCUUAAAGAAUCCCUAUCAUCAUUUUUACCAAAUCUUCCUGGGAUUGUCGAUGGUCCUGGCCAAGAGGACAACAGCACAUUAGGUUCAGUAAUUGCGAAGAGACCUAUCGGUGGCAAAGAGUUGUUACCUCUUACCAGUGCCCAAUUAGCUGGCUUUAGAUUACAUCCUGGCCCACUGCCAGAGCAGUAUCGUUACAUUAGUGCUACACCACCGAAGAGACACAAGAGUAAACAUAAGAAACACAAACACAAAGAUGGAGCUCCACCUGGACAAGACACUCCACUUCAAGAUUCAUCCAACCAAGACACUUAUAAGAAGACACAAAAAAAGCAGAAACGUCAUGACGAUGAUAAAGAACGCAGGAAACGAAAGAAGGAGAAGAAGAGGAAAAAGCAAAAGCACAGUCCAGAACAUGGAGGGCUUACACCUAGCCAGCAUCCUUUACCUUAA